AUGAAGACAAGAGGUUUUGAAAUGCAGACAUUGUCAAAUAAAGCAAAUAGAAUGAAUAAAUCUUUGUUAUGUAAACCUAAUAUUUCUAAUAUUCUAAAACUCUCAAGCGAUAAUGUUUCCGCAGUAAUCAAUUCAUGUUCUAAGGAGCCAUAUGAGAAAAUACUUGCUGAUCGCAAUAGGCUACGGUCUCACUUGUGUCGCAUAAUAAGCUGUCGCGGUAAAAUUAAACUUAUGAUAGAAAAAGUAAAAAAAACGGAUUGGUUGGAAAUGCAGCUUAAAUUGACAAAACAGAAAUGUUUAUUUUACCAAGUGCUUGUAAGAAAACAAUUGCAAAUACACUUGGAAAACGAACAAUUGAAAAAGCAAAUGAAAAACGUCGAAAAUAUUAUUUGUGAACAUCAUGAAUUAAAAACAAAAAUCAGUGGAAUAAUAUUCAAAGUUUCCAAUAAGACAAAGGGUUUAGAAAAGGAUCUAGAAAUAGCAAAUGAGAAAAUUUAUUUUUACGAAAAAAUAAUACGAGACUAUGAAUUUCAAUUAAAAGAAGCCAUGAUUGCUAUUGAAGAAUUAUUACAUGAAAACCAAAUCAAGACUAACAUUUUCGACGAACAGGAACAUUUGGUGAACCAAUCGGAAAUAAUGACAAAAGAAAUGCAUUUCAAUUUGGAAGAAAACCAAACAUUUCAAAUAGAACUUGAAAAUACAAAAAAGGAAUUAAGCGAUUUAAGAUUAAAAUGUGGUGAAGAUGAUGAAAAAAUGUCAUGUUUAUCAAAUGAAAAUCAAAACAUGAUGAAGAAAAUGGAGAUAUUAAAUUGA